AUGGCUAUGGUGGCCGUCACUGUAGCCACCCACACUUACCGUGUCGCAGUUCCCAGACCGAGUCCCAGCGGUCGCCAACCUAGAGGGACCCGGAGCCUGCCUUACUUGCUGGGUGAAAGGGAAAUCUGCCCUCCUCCCAGCACCAUCUCUAAUAUAGUUCAUUGCCAGUUGGUUCUCUGGCACCCAUUAACCCCAGGGGGCAAGGGGGCAGGAGUUAGUACGAACCCAGGGCGUUUCCACAUGCCAAAAGUCUGCAAAGAAAAUAUCAACGACUAUGGCGAAAUCAGCUUGAAGGUAAAGAGCACCAACCAGGGGAAGAACGCAAGCAUCUUGGCAAGCAGCAUUGACUUCGGUGUGUUCGAGAUCCACUUCCAAGACCGGCAAGGGCGGACGCUCCUUCACGCGGCGGCCGAGCAGAACGACCUCGCCAACAUCAAGGUCCUUUUGGAGCGAGGCGCCCUGCCCACAGCUCUCACCUUCAGCUGCAAGACUCCCGCUGACCUUGCCCGUGAGAAACGUCACAAAAAGGCCUACAAUAUUAUCAACAGCAAGAAGAUUUAUGAAACCAAAGAAAGCCCCGAAGAGCUGUUUGUAGCUCUGCUCAGACUGAUCACGGAGACCGCAUAUUACAAUGCCGACGCUGCAACGACGCCCCAUGACGUCGAGUCCACGGACGCCAGCACCAAGGGUCAGAACCCGUCGCUGUCGGCCGUGAGGAAGGCAUCGUCGCUUCUGGUCUCGGGCGCCCCCCUGGAGCCUCCUGGGUCCCACACCUGCUACCCGCUCCACCUCGCCAUCACCGCCAACUGCACUCCCCUCCUGCCUCUUCUUCUGGCCGCCGGGGCGCCGCUCACGGCCACCAGGGAUGGGCUUGGCCCGGUGCAGCUCGCGUGGCUCACUCCCGACAUCACCACCUGGGUCGCCGUGCUGGUUACCAGGGCUGUCAGAGACCGGAUUGCGGUGGAGAUGCAGCCCCUGGAUGGCGCCCUUCAGGCCGCUGCACGGGCGCUGCUGGAGGCUUUGGACGGAGACAGGCCGUGGGAGGCCGCGCUCGAGCUUCCCGCCGGCUCCUCGGACUCUGUGGACGCGCUGCUCUUCCGCGCAGCCAAGGGCGGAGCCGCCACACUGGCUUGGUGGAUCUGGAACAGCGGCGGCUCCGCGGUGUCCCGGCACACUAAGGGAGCCACGCCCCUGCACGCUGCCCUGGACGAAGGGCAUCUCGACGCGGCCAGAGCCCUCGCCCUCCACAUGGGGGGGAACCUCUUCCUCCCCGACGACAGCGGACGACUGCCGAUCAGCCUGAUGUCCCACGCAGACAGGAUCAUCAAGGAAAUGAUGGCUCGUGAGUACACCGUGUUGGAGCAAGCGAAGGAGGAAGCCAAGAGUUCUGCCAGUCGAAAAGAGGUUCUUGAAGUGACGUUCCUCUUCUUGGUUCUGUGCCUGGAGUUCGACCCGCAGGUGAAUUCUUCCGACUACCCUGACGAUCGCUGGAGGACUGUCCUCUCCUGGGUACUCUCGCUUCACUCUCUCGACACCGAGAGAUACAAAGACAAAGCGGCGUGGAUAAAAGAGAUGAUUGACACUUUUAGGGAAAUAUGGCGAGAGCUGCACUCGUAUCAUGAGGAGAAUAAUCCUAGUUGUUACAAAUACCAUCUGGAAUUAGUUGGAAAGUUGCAUUCCAGGUUCUGGAAAGACCUUGAUGAAAUUAGUGAACUUUUUUGUGACACUGAUAACACGCAAGAAAAUUAUAUUUGUGAACUAUUGAAGAGAGCCAUUAUCAAGUCAUGUGAGAAAAAUAUGCCUCUGUUCUUACACCUGCUGUCAUGCGUGGCUGGCGUCAAAUUUAGUGAGAGGAUUGACGCAGUGUGUGGAGGAUUCCCGCUUCACUGCGCAGCCCUUCACAAUAACGUGUCUGCAGCCAGGUACAUUCGGAGCAAAGGAGCCUCACCUGGAGUACAGGACCGCUUCGGCAACACACCCGCCCACUACGCGUACAUGUUCGGGCACCAAGAGGUUGGGGACUUCUUAAAAACUGACUUGGCUAACAACAAUGGCCUUCCUGCUGAAUAUAUGCUUGAAGGAUACAACCAUUACCUGAAACUGUAUAAAAUGGACUUAAAGGAAUUACAGAAAAGAAAAAUGCAAAGAGAUAUUACUGCCUCUCAAAUCAUACAAGAACAUCUACAAACUCUAAAGAGAAAGUGGAAGGAAUAUGGCAUAGAUCAAGCUAUCAAAGAAUGUCACGUAGAUUUUACAAGUGGCGAAACCCGUGAAAUAAAAAAAUCAGUUUCAGAGUUCAUACAGCAGUUGAUACUUUCAAUUACUACAGUAAAUUCAAUGUACAAAGGUGAUUUACACAUGUUAGGGAGUUCUGGGGAUAAUGUUCGGUUAUUUUGCCCAGAUGAGUUUGACUUUAAUAUCAUCCUACAAAAUAGACACAUAUAUUUUCCUGUAAAAUGGAAAGGAAACUUAAGAGAUGGAUCUGUGAAAGGUGAUAAACUUUCAAAUGAACUGUUGCUGGACCAUUUCUGUUGCACAGUGAAACAGUGUCUUGUGCACUGCAAGCCUGUAGACAAGCGACUGGCCAUUGUUCUGCCGGGAGUGAAGAAGACUCAGGUGGGAGUAGCGCUCAGCCUCGUCUGGACAGGUAAGGUGUUCCCUCUCCUCCUGGUGGAUGUUGAUGUUGUGGCCACUGUUAGGGCCAGUUGGCCACCGGCACUCAGGAGGCCAAAGCUCAUGCCCUCCACCUUUGACUCUGUGUAUUUGAAUAGCAUUGGCAACAAUGAAUGGAGGUUCUCUUUCGCACUGGCAGAAAAUGCAGUCAUGAAAGAAUUGACGGCUGACAAACGCAGGGUAUUUCUGGCCUGCAAGCUGGUGCUGAGUGCUCUGAAAGUGGAGAAGUGGGCACCGGGACACAUCCAGAACCAAUUCAAAUAUUUCCAUGGAAGUGGAGAAAAUACCUUCUUCCUGGAGCUGGAGGAGGUGACAGACGAGGAGCAGUGGACGGAGGAGCAUUUAGUGGAGAGGAUGACCUCGAUAUUCCGGAGGAUGUGCGAGGAAUACACUGAUCCCGCCUCGCAAGUGACUAGCUGGGAACCGGCAGCGGUAAAGGCGUACUUCGCUGGCCCGACGCAAGAUCCAUGUGUCGGCUUCGGAGCGUCGGAAAUUCUCAAGUUUCUGAAAUCAAUGAACUCUGAGACUUGA